AUGCAUCUGUACAAUCUCACUCUGCAACCGCCAACGGCCGCUGUUCAAGCUGUUGUUGGCAACUUCUCGGGCGCGCGCACCCAAGAAAUUGUAAUCUGCCAUGGCCCGCGGCUGGAACUCCUACGCCCCGAUGUGCAAACCGGAAAGUUGACGACAGUCAUUGCGACGGAUGUGUUUGGCUCCAUUCGCUCGAUAGCCGCGUUCAGAUUGACGGGAGGAACCAAGGAUCAUCUCAUCCUAGGCUCAGACUCCGGUCGCAUUGUUAUCCUGGACUACGACCCAAAGUCGACGAGCUUCGUGAAGUUGCACCAGGAAACGUACGGCAAGUCUGGCGCGCGUCGAAUAGUCCCUGGACAGUAUCUCGCGACAGAUCCAAAGGGACGAGCGGUGAUGAUCGGCGCAAUGGAAAAGUCAAAAUUGGUCUAUAUCCUGAACCGAGACGCGGCGGCGAACUUGACGAUCUCUUCCCCCCUCGAAGCGCAUAAGAACAGCGCGAUCAUCCACCAUAUAGUCGGUGUUGACGUCGGCUUCGAGAACCCCAUUUUCGCCGCGCUCGAGGUAGACUACUCGGAGUCGGACCAGGACCCCACAGGGGAGGCUUUCAACAAUGCGGCGAAGAUGUUGACAUACUAUGAACUCGAUCUAGGAUUGAACCACGUCGUCCGCAAAUGGAGCGAGCCAACCGACCCUCGUGCAAACCUCCUUGUACAAGUUCCUGGCGGUCAACUGGCUUCCUCUGAUCGCUUCGAUGGUCCAUCCGGCGUACUCAUCUGCUGCGAGGACCAUAUAAUUUAUCGGCAUAUGGACGCCCCCCAACACCGCGUACCAAUUCCGCGUCGAAAGCAUCCUUUGGAGGACCCGGAGCGUGGCAUCAUCAUCGUCGCGGCGGUUAUGCACAAGAUGAAGGGCGCCUUCUUCUUCCUACUUCAAAGCGAGGACGGUGACCUCUUCAAGGUUACAAUCGAGCACGAAGACGAGGACGUGAAAGAGGUCAAGAUCAAGUACUUCGACACCGUCCCUGUUGCGAGCGCCCUCUGUAUACUGAAGUCCGGCUUCCUCUUCGUCGCUUCUGAAUUCGGGAACCAUUACUUGUACCAGUUCCAGAAGCUCGGUGACGACGAUGACGAGCCCGAGUUCAGUUCCUCUUCCUAUCCUCAAUUCGGCAUGGCCGACUCGUCUAUGCCUCUCCCCCACGUCCAUUUUAAACCACAUCCUCUGGACAACCUUGCCCUUGCAGACGAGGUCGAGUCGCUGGACCCUAUCAUCGACUCAAAAGUCUUGAACCUCAUGCCGAACUCUGACACGCCCCAAAUCUUUGCCGCUUGCGGACGGGGACCAAGAAGUUCUCUGCGCACCUUGCGACAUGGUCUUGAGGUUGAGGAGAGCGUAAGCUCCGAUUUGCCCGGUAUACCGAACGCGGUGUGGACAACGAAGAAAAAGGAAGAUGACGCCUUCGAUUCGUACAUCAUCCUGUCCUUCGUCAACGGCACCCUUGUUCUUUCCAUCGGCGAGACCAUCGAGGAAGUACAAGAUACCGGUUUCUUGUCAUCCGCGCCGACCCUCGCAGUUCAACAAAUCGGUGCGGACGCUCUGCUUCAGGUCCACCCUCAGGGCAUCCGGCACGUCUUGUCCGAUCGACGAGUCAACGAGUGGAGGGUGCCCCAGGGUAAGAGCAUCGUGCAGGCGACGACGAACAAACGUCAGGUCGUCGUUGCAUUGAGCUCGGCGGAGUUGGUCUACUUUGAGCUCGACCUCGAUGGUCAGCUGAACGAGUAUCAGGACCGGAAGGCAAUGGGCAGCACGGUGCUCGCGCUCAGCAUUGGCGAAGUGCCAGAAGGGCGGCAGCGGACACCAUUCUUGGCUGUCGGCUGCGAGGACCAAACCGUCCGUAUCAUCUCGCUGGACCCGGAGAGCACGCUGGACACUAUCUCAUUGCAAGCACUCACUGCACCACCAUCGUCCAUCUGUAUAGCAGAAAUGCUUGACGCCGCCAUCAACAAGACGCACCCGACGAUGUUCGUCAACAUCGGCUUGCAGAAUGGCGUGCUCCUGCGCACCGUCCUCGACCCGAUGACCGGCCAGCUCACCGACACCCGCACGCGCUUCCUCGGUACUCGCCCUGUCAAGCUCGUCCGCGUCGCCAUCCAGCGAAAUCCCGCGAUUAUGGCGCUCAGCUCGCGCAGCUGGCUCAACUACACGCACCAGAACAUGGUGCACUUCACGCCGCUCAUCUUCGAGAACCUCGACUUUGCAUGGAGCUUCAGCGCCGAGUUGAGUCCGGAGGGGUUGAUCGGGAUUACGGGCAGCGUGUUGAGAAUCUUCCAAAUCCCCAAGCUGGGCGUCAAGCUCAAGCAGGACUCCCUCCCUCUCUCGUACACCCCCCGCAAAUUCAUCACCCACCCCAACAACCACUACUUCUACAUGAUCGAGAGCGAUCACCGCGUAUACGGCGACGAGACCGCGCGCGAGAAGAUCCUCGACCAGAUGUCGCGAGGCAAGGCCGUCGACGAGGAUGUGGUGAACCUGCCCGUGACCGAGUUCGGGCGCGUCAAGGCGCCGGCGGGGACGUGGGGGUCGUGCAUACGCAUUAUCGACCCGACGCAGAACAGCACUGUAGCGGUCAUUCCGCUAGACAACAACGAGGCGGCGUUCUCGAUUGCGGUCGUGCCGUUUUCGGCGCGGAAUGGGGAGUUGUUCUUGGUGGUGGGGACGGCGGCGAAUACGAGAGUUUCGCCGAGGACGUGUAGUAGCGGGUACUUGCGAACGUACCAGUUUACGAACGACGGCGCUGGGCUGGAGUUGCAUCAUAAGACGGAGACGGACGAUGUGCCCUUGGCACUUCUGGCUUUCCAGGGUCGGCUAGCGGCUGGUGUGGGCAAGGCGUUGAGAAUAUACGACAUCGGCAAGAAGAAGCUGCUUCGUAAGGCUGAGAACAAGGGCUUUGGUACCACGAUCGUCACCCUCAACACGCAAGGCUCGCGCAUCAUCGCCGGUGAUAUGCAAGAAUCGCUCUUCUACGCCGUUUACAAGGCGCCAGAAAACAGGUUGCUGGUCUUCGCCGACGACUCGCAGCCAAGGUGGAUAUCGGCCGCAACGAUGGUCGACUACUACACCGUUGCUGCUGGCGAUCGCUUCGGAAACGUCUUCGUUAACCGCCUCGACUACAAGGUCUCCGAGCAGGUCGACGAUGACCCUACUGGCGCCGGGAUUCUGCACGAGAAGGGCAUUCUGAUGGGUGCGCCGCACAAGACCAAGCUGCUUUGCCACUUCCACGUCGGCGACCUCAUCACGUCCAUCCACAAGGUUGCCCUUGUCGCCGGUGGACGGGAGGUGCUCUUAUACACCGGCUUGCACGGUACGAUCGGCAUGCUGGUGCCGUUUGUAUCGAAGGAGGACGUUGACUUCAUCAGCACCCUCGAGCAGCACAUGCGCUCAGAGCAGAGCAGUCUUGUCGGUCGUGACCACCUGAGCUGGAGAGGAUACUAUGUGCCAGUGAAGGCAGUUGUGGACGGCGACUUGUGCGAGACGUUUGCGAAGCUUCCGGCGUCGAAGCAGAGCGCCAUCGCCAACGAGCUCGACCGGACGGUGGGCGAGGUGCUCAAAAAGCUGGACUCGUUGCGGACGACGACGUCUGGAUUCUGA